AUGAAGUGGAUUCUCCUGCUUCUUCUAACGGACGUUGUCGUUCAGACUUCUGCCAAAACAGUUGGCCAAUUGGAUGAUGACAAAAAAGGAUGCGGCAAAGACAAGGCUUGCCUGGAAACUUUGAAAGCGUACCGCACACGCGAAGUUUUGGAACGCAUAAUCGAACAGCUUCCUGGAGCCCCAAUUUCUGACGCCGCCGUCCAAAUCGACCCCGAGCUCCGUAAGAUGUACGUCGAUUUCUACGAAGACGAACGUCACAAAAAUUCGGACUUCAACCGCCAAGACGUAGACACCUACUUCUACUCAGCAAAGGAUCCGUUUGACGGAGAGGAUAGCUCGCAAAUGGUCGCAAUGUUCGACGUCACCCAAGACCUCGAGAAAAAAUACGAAAUCCUAGAAGCCAAACUCAUGGUGUCAACAACAUUGCCGACUUACUCGAGGAACAUUCUGGACGAUGUCAGAGUCCAAGUGUUUGAGAAAAAUAGAGAUAACUCGCUCGGUGAACUCGUGAAGACGCAAUCUUUCCGCAUAACAGGAGGUGAACGAAUCACGAUUGAUCUGCCAGUUGGAGCAGCCAAAAGGUGGUUUGAGUCAUCAGGAUCCUUCCACGGAAUCUUCGUGUCUGCCAUGCUCGAACAGCACAACAUUGCUGUACAUCCACAGCAGGAGACCAAAGACAGCGAGAAAAUGAUCCUCCAACUCUCCCUUCGGAACAAGGAGUUUGUCGGUCAAUCCACCAACUCAACCCUCCGCCGCUCUCGUCGUUCGCCAUCGGCUGCAAUCUGCGCCACUUCCCAGCCCUCUGAAGGAUGCUGUCUCUACGACCUGAUCGUCGAGUUCAAUAAGAUCGGAUGGGACUGGGUGAUCGCCCCACCACGUUACAACGCUUUUAUGUGCAGAGGACAGUGCGAGAAAAACGCACAUCAUCUUCUCAACGACUUCGGCCAUGCACGGAUCAUGCGAGCUGCAAACAGCAUCUACUCGGUCGCCAACAUGGAUCUGACCAGCCUCGGCCUUUGCUGCCACGCCUCUGAGUUCGACUACCUGAAGGUGAUCUACCUCAAUCAACAAGGUGUCAUCAAUGUGGCAAACCUCAACGGAAUGGUUGCAAAUCGCUGUGGAUGCUCAUAA